GACGUCACAUGGGAUAACCAGGAAAUGAAACUAACCCAAGGCUUCGCUUUCUGUUAAUGUGACCAAACUGCAGGUGGAGUAAAGUUUGUAGCUGCUAGAGUAAAAGACAGAAACAUGGCAGACCUUCCUAUUAACCCACUGGUUUUGAUUGGUGUCGGCUCCAGCUUUGCAUUCUCUGGCCUUUUUUACCAUUUAUACCAAGAGAAGAAAAAAGAACUUCAGAAGCUGAAGGAAAUACCAAUUUUCCAACCAGAUACACAUCUGAUCAAAGUGCUGAAAGCAUCUCCCCACAAGCGACUUCAAUAUGUUGCAGUAGAAGGUGUGGUGCAGGCAGAUGGGGAGCCUCUGGCCAGCCAGUUUGUCCCCCGAUGCUUUGGUGUCAUUCAGAAGAUAGUAGUGGAGGAGCACUGGAAAUACUGGAACUCCCUCACCAAGACAUGGAAACCCCGGACAAUGAACAGAAAAGAAUCCAACAACUCCGUGCCUUUCAAUCUGGUCAGCCCUGGCGCCUACAUCACUGACGUGUAUGUGAAGAUUCAAAACCCACUGGAGGCCUCUGGGUGCCACCUUGACAGGGUUUAUUACAAAGUAAGACGUGCUGAAGAGGACUGGGUGAACCUGAUGUUGCAGGGCCUCAACGGGGAGAAACCAGUGGCGAUGGAGGAGAGCGAGGAGCUGCUGCAGGUGGGGAGCACCAUGACCGGUUUCGGGGAGGUGGUGCUGGAGGGGGGUCAGGUGUUGAGGCUGCAGGCCCCGCGGGACGGCCGCAAGUACAUCCUGGUGCCCACCGACUACAGGAGCUUCAUGGACAGGCACGAGAGAUCAGCCAACAUGUGGAAGACGCUGACCGCUGUGACCGGCCUUACGGGGGCUUCUCUUCUGGCCAAAGUGAUUUAUGGCCUUGUAGGGAAUCAGGACGACAGAUCAAAGUAGGCUUCUAGGUGUAGAUGUUGCAGGUUUAACAGCUUUAAUUGCUGUGUGACGGCUUUUUGGGUGUCCCAAUACUGCCUAUGGUUAUGUCUUUUAAGGUCAUAAUUAUAGGAUGAUUUGUCAAAUAUUGGACAGAACAGAACCCAAGAUUCCUUAUGAACGUUAUUUUAAGUGUUCUGGUUUUACUUAAGUACUACUGUACCGAAUACUACUAGUUAUGAUCUUAUUGAAGCUCUCUUAACACCCAGAUCCUAAUGAAUGUAUGUGAUAAAAUGGUUCAGAGGACUACCUUUUGAAGGGAACAUUUGUUUUCAUGAAGUUGUAUUUCUUUUAUAAUUAAAGGUGAAAUCAGCAAGUUUUUAAUCAAUAAUUUAUUUUUACAAUAUUUUACUUUGAUUUUAACUGAACUUGAUAAAUGUAUCUAUGGUUAUUUAGUCGCCUGAGUUUCAUGUCCAGAUGUAGUUUUUGUUAAAAUAAAACAUUGUUAAAUAUUAUA